CAGCCCUGCAACGCCAGAUCACCUUAUCGAGUGGCCAAACAUUUAUUAUAAAAGGUCGAGGGGCUCCCCCGUCUCCAACUUUCUUCUCUCCAUCAUCACCAUCUUCCUUUAACCAACGUCAAAUCAUCUCCAUCCUCUUUUGAUACCUUUAAUCCAUCUCACAUCUAUACACAUCACACAACCAUGUCUGGCCCUUACGAUCAGUACAACCAGGGUGGCUACGGUGGCGGCUACGGCCACAACCAGGGCUACCAGCAGCAGCAGGGUGGUUACCCUCAGCAGGGUGGCUACAACCAGGGUUACGGACAGCAGCAGCAACAUCAGGGCUACGGCCAGGACUACAACCGCGGCGGAAGCUCCAACGACUACUAUGGUGGUAGCAGCGGCGGCAGCUCCAACGAUUACUACGGCGGGCAGCAGCAGCAGCAGCACCAGUACGGCCAGCAGUCUCACGGCCAGUACGGUGGCCAGGAUUCCUACAACCAAGGUGACCAGCAGCAGGCUCCCGGCGGUGCCCAGGAGGGCGAGCGUGGACUUGGUGGAGCUCUCGCCGGUGGUCUCGCCGGUGGCUUCGCCGGCCACAAGGCUGACCACGGUUUCCUCGGAACCAUUGGUGGUGCCAUCAUCGGUAGCAUUGCGGAGGAUGCCAUGAAGAAGCACAAGAACAAGAAGGAGCAGGAGGGUCCCCCUGACUACGCCAGCGGAUACGGUGGUCCCCCCCAGGGCCCUCCCUCCAACCAGGGCGGCAUGAUGGACCAGCUGGGCGGCUUCUUCAACAAGCGGUAAAUGGGUAAACUCAUUUCUCAUGCCCGUUCACCUUGCCUUCCUCCGUUUUACCUUCAUCUCGUCGACGACUAUGCUACGACUCUGCUAAAGCCUAGAAUACUUUGAAUGUCUUUUGGCUGGACGGGAUCUACAUUGCUUUUCGACAUUUUCUUUUCGCCUUAUUCUCUUCUGGUCUAUUCUUUUCAUAUUUAUGUUGAUGGGGUGUUUUUCUUAUUUCCUGUUAUUUGCGAACCUGAGUAUACCCAGCUCAGUAUUUAUGAAAGCUAUGGAUACAAUUUUACAACGAUGACUCGGAUUCAUUAUC